GUUUUCUAGAUAACCGGAAUGGAGGUCAAUUCAUUUUGACCAAUGAAAUUUCUCAAUUGUGAACGACCUUGAACUCAGUUAAUUAAAGAUAGCGAUGGCUCUGACAAGAAUCUCCCCGACUUUUCAACGGGCUCUUCAGCAGUCCUGUAGAUAUUACGCGACUAAAACGCCCACAACAAAGUUGUUCAUUGAUGGCAAGUUUUUGGACUCAAAGACAGACAGAUGGAUUGACCUCCAUAAUCCAGCCACCAAUGAGGUGAUCACGCGCGUGCCCCAGGCAACUCAGGCUGAGAUGCAAGCCGCAGUGGACUCGUGCAAGAAGACGUUCAAGACCUGGUCCCAGUCCACAGUGCUCACGCGCCAGCAGUGCAUGUUCAAGUUCCAGCAGCUCAUCAAGGACAACAUUAAAGAGCUGGCUCGUCUGAUCACCUUGGAGCAAGGCAAGACGCUGGUGGACGCAGAGGGAGACGUGAUGCGAGGGCUACAGGUGGUCGAGCACUGCUGCAGCAUCACUUCCCUGCAGCUCGGCGAGACCAUGUCGGGCAUCGCUAAGGACAUGGACACCUACACGAUACGGGUCCCACUGGGAGUCACUGCUGGCAUCACGCCUUUCAACUUUCCAGCCAUGAUCCCACUUUGGAUGUUCCCAGUGGCGCUGAUUACAGGUAACACGCAGGUUUUGAAGCCCUCAGAGCGUGACCCUGGUGCCACCAUGUUCCUGGUGAAACUUGCGCAGGACGCAGGCUUCCCUGAUGGAGCAGUGAAUGUUAUUCAUGGCGCUCACGAUGCUGUCAAUUUUAUCUGUGAUAAUCCUGAUAUUAAGGCCAUCUCAUUUGUGGGAUCAGAUCAGGCAGGAACACAUAUUUACGAAAGAGGGUCCAAAAAUGGAAAAAGAGUACAGUCAAACAUGGGAGCGAAGAAUCAUGGAGUUAUAAUGCCAGAUGCAAACAAGGAAAACACUCUCAACCAGCUGGUUGGUGCAGCCUUCGGCGCUGCGGGUCAGCGGUGCAUGGCGCUGUCUACGGCGCUGUUUGUGGGUGAGGCCAAGAAGUGGAUUCCAGAGCUGGUGGCGCGGGCAAAGCAGCUCAAGGUCAACGCGGGUCAUGAGCCUGAUGCUGACCUGGGUCCACUUAUCUCCCCUGCCGCCAAGCAGCGCGUCUGCAGUCUCAUUCAGUCGGGUGUAGACGAGGGGGCCCAACUACUUCUGGACGGGCGCAACAUCAAAGUGCCUGGAUAUGACAAGGGGAACUUUGUCGGACCCACCAUUCUUCAUAAUGUUAAACCUGAGAUGAAGUGUUACCAGGAGGAGAUCUUUGGCCCCGUGCUGGUCAGUAUGGAGGUGGAUACACUGGACGACGCCAUCAAGGUCAUCAACAAGAAUCGCUAUGGUAAUGGAACUGCCAUCUUCACAACCAACGGGGCUACAGCCAGGAAGUACACUCAGGAGAUUGAUGUUGGUCAGAUUGGUGUCAAUGUUCCUAUUCCUGUCCCACUACCAAUGUUCUCAUUCACCGGAUCCCGAGGCUCCUUCAUGGGUGACACAAACUUCUAUGGAAAACAGGGCCUCAAUUUCUACACGCAGCUCAAGACGGUGACUCAGAUGUGGCGCGGGGAGGAUGCCACAGUAACCAGACCUGCUGUCGCCAUGCCCGUCAUGAAAUAAGUGCCGAAAAAUUGUCAUGAAAUUUAGCCCCGUUUCUGGGAAAACUGGGUUAAAUGCACGCGGGUAAAGUGUUGUCCCAGAUAAGGCUAAUUAGGGACAAAGCUUUCCGCUUUCAUGAAUUUUUUUGUUUACAGUAGGUCUUCUAGCCGGAAAAUUCAGUUUAUGCGGAAAGUUUCUUCCCUGAUUAGCCUGUGCCUUUUAGCACAAGCUAAUAUGGGAAGAAGUUUAACACACAUGCAUUUGAUCCAGUUUUCCCAGAACCAGGCUCAAUUAGUUGUCAAAUAUGCGGCGUAUGUUCUGUUCACAACAUGAGGGAACAAUCAUUUUUGAAGACUGGCUGUUAUAAGAGUGCUAGAUUGUUGUGAGGAAUUUUGUUGGCACAUUUUGCACAAAAUUGCAAAUUGUUGAAGAUCAUGGACAAAUGUUGCUGAACAAAAAUAAAUUAUAAGCUUUAUUUUACGUUAUUCUGUUAGUUAAAUUAUCAACUAAAAAUCUUAGUUUAAAAAAAUUAUGUUGCAUAUUAAAAUUGUUAAAAUAAGACCUUGUUUAAAAAUAAAUGCCAUACAUAAUUUGUCAAAUGUUUGUGUUUAGCAUAUUGCAACAAGAAUGUUUAAGAUUUUUUUUUGACAUACAGUAAAUGAUACAAUAGCUUCGCUAGCUCUUCUGUUAUAGCAAAGGUUCUUAGGGACUUUUUGAUUGGUUAUUAUAUAUAGAUAUAUAUGGCUUACUUGUUUCUUUAUUGUUUUGUGAUAAUUCUUGAUACUUCUUAUGCCAUGAAAUUUAAUCUGAUUGUAUAAGCAAGGUUCCAAGUAUUUUUCUAUUUAUAUCUUUGGGCAUUCCACUAUUUCAUGGAAACAUCAACAGUUGAAAUAAUGUUAAUAUUUGUUCGUUUAACCUGAUUUGUAAAUAAACUUGCUACGAUAA